CCGCCCCAGCGGCGGCGCCCGGGCGCGGAGAGCGGGCAGAGUUUCGCAGCCGGGUGGGAGAUGCGGCUCUGGCUCCGUCUCCGUGCAGAUUUGCAGCCAACAUAAUGCUGGAGCUCCACAUUCGAAACAAGCAUUUCACAGAAUGGCACAGUCAGAAUUUAAUUUGGAUCAUGAAAUAUCAUGGUUUGUGCUUCCCUCUUAUUGGGCUAAAAUUAUUGUUGGACUCAUGUCCUGCAUGUGUUUUGCUAACAGCUACGAUGGAGAUUUUGUCUUUGAUGAUUCUGAAGCUAUCAUCAAUAAUAAGGACCUCAGAGCAGAAACUCCACUUGGUGACCUGUGGCAUCAUGACUUUUGGGGUGGCAAACUCAGCAGCAAUACCAGCCACAAAUCAUAUCGACCACUUACUGUCCUGACUUUCAGAAUGAAUUACCUUUUUGCUGGAGGCUUUCACCCAGUGGGUUUUCACGUCAUCAAUAUAAUACUGCAUUGUGCUAUCUCUGUAUUAAUGGUUGAUGUCUUCUCAAUAUUAUUGGGUGGGCUGCAAUACAGCAGUAAAGGAAGAAGGCUAAACCUUGCUCCAAAAGCAUCUCUUCUAGCUGCUUCACUGUUUGCUGUGCAUCCAGUGCAUACUGAAUGUGUUGCAGGGAUUGUUGGCAGAGCAGACCUGCUGUGUGCCCUGUUCUUUUUGUUGUCUUUCCUUGGCUACUGUAAAGCCUUUAGAGAAAAUCAGGAAGGGAACCAUUUUUCUACACUCUGGGUACUGGCGAGUGUUCUUCUUGGUGCAAUAGCCAUGCUGUGCAAAGAACAAGGAAUUACAGUACUGGGGUUGAAUGCUGUAUUUGAUGCUUUGGUGAUUAACAAACUAAAUAUUUUGGAACUUAUUCAAAAGGUACUACGUAAGGGCAAGUCAUUGGAGAACGUUGGGUGGUUUAAAAAGGGACUCCUCUUCAGGAUAACUCUUCUGUUGUCAGGAGGGGCCAUUAUGCUCGUCAUGCGCUGGAGAAUUAUGGGCACAGGACCACCCGCUUUUACUGAAGUAGACAACCCAGCUUCAUUUGCAGACAGCUUGUUUGUGAGAGCUAUAAACUAUAAUUACUACUAUUCGUUGAAUGCAUGGUUGCUGCUGUGUCCCUGGUGGCUGUGUUUUGAUUGGUCCAUGGGCUGCAUACCCCUUAUUAAAUCAGUCAGUGACUGGAGAAUAAUUGCACUAGCAGCACUUUGGUUCUGCCUAAUUGGCCUGAUAUGCCAAGCUCUGUGCUCACAAGACAGCCAUAAGAGAAGAAUUCUUACACUGGGACUGGGAUUUCUUCUUAUCCCUUUUCUGCCUGCAAGUAACCUGUUCUUCCGAGUAGGAUUUGUUGUUGCAGAGAGAGUCCUCUAUCUCCCCAGUAUUGGCUAUUGUGUGCUACUUACGUAUGGCUUUAGUCUCUUGAGCAAACAAGCGAAGAAAAAGAAAGCGCUGGCUGCUGCUGUACUAGGAAUCUUGCUGAUCCACGUGCUGCACUGUGUUAUCCGCAGUAACCAGUGGAGGUCUGAAGAACAGCUUUUUAGGAGUGCUCUGUCAGUGUGCCCUCUUAAUGCUAAAGUGCACUACAAUGUUGGCAAAAACUUGGCUGAUAAAGGCAACCAAACAGCUGCAAUCAAAUACUACAGGGAAGCUGUAAGGUUGAACCCCAAAUAUGUACACGCCAUGAACAACCUUGGAAAUAUCUUGAAAGAAAGAAAUGAGCUCCAGGAAGCAGAGGGGCUGCUCUCCUUAGCUGUACAAAUACAGCCUGAUUUUGCUGCUGCAUGGAUGAAUCUAGGAAUAGUACAGAAUAGUUUAAGAAGGUUUGAAGAGGCAGAGCAAAGCUACUGGACUGCACUUAAACACAGGAAAAAAUACCCAGAUUGUUACUACAAUUUAGGACGGUUGUAUGCAGAUUUGAAUCGCCACAUAGAUGCAUUGAACGCAUGGAGGAAUGCUACAGUUCUGAAACCAGAGCAUAGUUUGGCUUGGAACAACAUGAUUAUAUUGCUUGAUAAUACAGGGAAUUUAGCACAAGCCGAAGCAGUUGGAAGAGAGGCCCUGGAACUGAUACCUAAUGAUCAUUCUCUUAUGUUUUCUUUGGCAAACGUACUGGGAAAAUCACAGAAAUAUAAGGAAUCUGAAGCUUUGUUCCUCAAGGCAAUUAAAGCCAAUCCAAAUGCAGCCAGUUAUCAUGGUAAUUUGGCUGUGCUUUACCAUCGCUGGGGAAAUCUUGACUUAGCCAAGAAACACUAUGAAGUCUCUCUGAAGCUUGACCCUGCUGCACCCGGGACCAAGGAAAACUACAGCCUCUUAAAAAGAAAACUGGAACAAUUGCAAAAGAAAGGCAAUGUCUGAUGUUUCUUUUUAGGCUGUCAGCGCAUGCUGUAUACCUUUAAUGUUACAGGGCUACUUUUAACCAUUUAAGGGAUUCAGUCACAGAGUUUUAAAAAUAAUAGUUACAGCACCACUAAUGCACACUCAAAUGCUUGAUUUGGUCUUACAUUGGAAAUGUAUCUUUUUUUUUUUCAGUUGACUCAACUGUAGAUUCUAAAAUUUCAGCUCAAGAAUGUUCUUUUCUGUUUUUGUUUUUUGAAAUCUUUAACUGUUUUUAAAGCCCAUUAAAUACCCAUGUCAGUGUAUGUGAAAUUUAAUGUAGUGUGGAGUUUCACAACACUAUUUCACAACACUAUAAGUAAAUAGAAAGUUUAUUUUCAUAUGCAGUUGACUCAUUCAUCUGACUUUUAGUAUCAGUGUAGAAUACUAAAAUGGAGAAAGUGACUCUGAAGAAAUGGCACUGUCCUACUUGAAAAUGGGAUCCCUUACACGUAUGCAGAGUCAUAGAUAUUCACUUCAGAGAGUGAAGUGGAUUCCAGUCUAUAUAGCACAUCAACAGAAUGGUUAAUCAUUACAAUUGUAGGUCCAAAUUCUGACUAAGUUUGUGCCUGUGCAAACCCGUUGACAGCAAUGGGGUUGGCAAAGGUGUAAAUGAGGCCACAAUUUGACAAGCAUAGGGUUAUCAGCCCUAUGUGAUGGUGCACUCGGUCAAGGUGGAAGGACCCCAGGGACAGAAAGUCUUCCCAGAACAAUGUAGUGGUACAAGUGGGCAGCACUGGCUAAGGAGUGAGUGUGGCCGUGGUACAGGAGGUGCACUGAUGCAGCCUUUUCCCAGUCAGCCUCUGCUGGCAGGACUCCCCUAGCAGCCAUUAAAAUUGUCUUAACUCUUGUGGCAGGAUGGUGGGGCAAACACAGUCAACCCUAUGCCCCGGGUUAAUUCUUAUCUUCUUGGGCAUAGCAACUCCCACUGGUUCAGGAAGUUGCAACUUGGAGUUCCUGCAUCAGGGAUGAACCAAGCACAAAGCCACAAAGAAAAUGACGUGCAGAAUCCCUUCUACUGGCACAUGAACCAUAAGAAAUCCAGAUUCGCUUUCAGAUCUCAGGGUGAUUUCGCUGAAGUGGCAAUUAGGGGAAAAAAGCAUCUUUUAAUUUAUAAACACAGAAAUAUUAUAUGGAAAUGACUGAGACAUUUGUACAGCACCACUUUUGGAGUAUGCUGCACUUUAAACUAGGGUUUUGAGUUAACUCAUACGAUUAACUCAAAAAAAUUGCGAUUAAUGGUGGUGUUCUGUUAAACAAUAGAAUACCAAUUGAAAUGUAUUAAAUAUUUUUGGAUAUUUUUGUACAUUUCCAAAUAUGUUGAUUUCUAUUAUAACACAGAAUACAAAGUGUACAGUGCUCACUUAAUAGUAUGAUUUUUAUUACAAAUAUUUGCACUGUAAAACGAUAAACAAAAGAAAUGGUAUUUUUCAAAUCACCUCAUACAAGUACUGUACUGCAAUCUUUGUCAUGAAAGUGCAACUUACAAAUGUAGAUUUGUGUUACAUAACUGCACUCAAAAACAAAACAAUCUAAAACUUUAGAGCCUACAAGUCCACUCAGUCCUACUUCUUGAGCCAAUUGCUAAGACAAACAAGUUUGUUUACAUUUACGGGAGAUACUGCUGCCUGCUUCUUAUUUACAAUGUCACCUGAAAGUGAGAACAGGCCUUCGCAUGGGACUUCUGUAACCAGCAUUGCAAGGUAUUUAUGUGCCAGAUAUGCUAAACAUUCAUAUGCCCCUUCAUGCUUUGGCCACCAUUCCAGAGGACGUGCUUCGAUGCUGCUGAUGCUCAUUUUAAAAAAAAAAGCUUUUAAUUAAAUUUGUGACUGAACUCCUUGGGGGAGAAUUGUAUGUCUCCUGUUCUGUUCUGUCUGCAUUCUGCCAUAUAUUUCAUGUUAUAGCAGUCUCAGAUGACCCAACACAUGUUUGUUUUAAGAACACUUUCACAGCAGAUUUGACAAAAUGCAAAGAAAGUACCAAUGUGAGAUUUCCAAAAAUAGCUACAGCACUGGACCCAAGGUUUAAGAAUCUGAAGUGCCAUCCAAAAUCUGAGAGGGACGAUGUUUGGAACAUGUUUUCAGAAGUCUUAAAAAAGCAACACUCCGAUGCGGAAACUACAGAACCCAAACCAUCAAAAAAGAAAAUUAACCUUCUCUUGGUGGCAUCUGACUCAGAUGAUGAAAACGAAGAUGCGUCGGUCCGCUCUACUUUGGACCGUUAUCAAGCAGAACCCGUCAUCAGCAUGGAUGCAUGUCCCCUGG